AUGGCACUGGCUACGAUGACGCAGUCGCUUAGGUUCAUUCCUCCGGCGGUAGCCACCGGCGCUGGAAACCUCGAUUCUCUGAAUCGCGUUCUUACUGACCUCUGCACCCGCAAUCCUAAGGAUGGGGCCGCAUUAGCAUUGAGAAGACAUGUAGAGGAAUAUGCUCACGAUCUCAGUGGAGAAACAUUUUCCCGAUUUAUGGAUCAGCUGUAUGAUCGCAUUACUAGUCUUUUAGAAAGCAAUGAAGUCACUGAGAAUAUGGGUGCUCUGCGGGCUAUUGAUGAACUGAUAGAUGUUAUAGUUGGGGAAAAUGCUGUAAAGGUUGCUAAAAUUGCAAAUUACAUGCGAACUUCUUUUGAGGCAAAGCGGGAACCUGACCUUUUGGUUCUUGCAAGUAAAGUUUUGGGUCACUUGGCUAGAGCUGGUGGGGCAAUGACCGCUGAUGAAGUAGAACGCCUGGUGAACCUUGCACUGGAAUGGCUUCAAGGUGAUAGAAUUGAAUAUCGUCGUUUUGCUGCUGUUUUGAUAUUAAAAGAAAUGGCUGAGAAUGCUUCAACAGUUUUCAACGUCCACAUUCCUGAGUUUGUAGAUGCUAUCUGGGUUGCAUUGAGGGAUCCAAAGCUGGAUGUUCGAGAGCGUGCUGUGGAGGCAUUGCGAGCUUGCCUGCGGGUUAUUGAAAAGCGUGAGACUCGUUGGCGUGUUCAGUGGUAUUAUCGCAUGUUUGAGGCGACACAAGAUGGACUGGGCAAAAAUGCCCCUGUUCAUAGCAUACAUGGUUCUCUACUGGCAGUUGGAGAACUACUGAGGAACACAGGCGAAUUCAUGAUGUCUAGAUACAGAGAAGUUGCAGAAAUUGUUCUGCGAUAUCUAGAUUACCGGGACCGGCUUGUUCGUCUCAGCAUAACUUCUUUGCUUCCUCGAAUUGCGCAUUUCCUCCGUGACCGUUUUGUGACAAACUAUCUGACGGUUUGCAUGAAGCAUAUACUUCAUGUUCUUAAAAUACCUGCAGAAUCUGCUAGUGGGUUCAUUGCUCUUGGUGAGAUGGCUGGUGCUUUGGAUGGUGAACUUAUCAACUAUUUGCCGACAAUAACAUCUCACUUGCGUGAUGCGAUUGCACCUCGUAGGGGAAGACCCUCUCUUGAGGCUUUGGCUUGUGUUGGAAAUAUUGCGAAAGCAAUGGGACCCACUAUGGAGCCUUAUGUUCGUAGUCUCUUGGAUGCAAUGUUUUCUGUUGGUUUAUCCUUCACCUUGGUGGAAGCCCUCGAACAAAUAACUAUCAGUAUUCCAUCUUUGCUUCCAACCAUUCAAGAACGGUUGCUUGAAUGCAUUUCAGUAGUUCUUUCGAGACACCACCAUGUUCCGUCAAGGUCGUCUGUUGUUAUUACUCGGGCUAAUAGCAUAACAGCCAGUCAACAAUUAUUAGAACUUGGUGGUUCUGCUCCAGUUCAACUUGCUUUACAAACCCUUGCCCGGUUUAAUUUUAAGGGUCAUGAUCUUCUUGAGUUUGCAAGGGAGUCUGUUAUUGUAUAUUUGGAAGAUGAGGAUGGAGCCACACGCAAAGAUGCUGCUUUGUGUUGCUGCAAAUUAGUGGGAAAUUCCUUAUCAGGCGCCUCUUGUGCACCAUUUAGUUCCAGUAGGACUAGUCGUGCUGGUGGAAAGCGCCGCCUUCUUGUUGAGGAGGUGGUUGGGUCAAGUUCUAUUGGGUCGGUAGGUGAGUUGGCGGGUUUGGAUGUUGAAGGGAACACAGGCGAAUUCAUGAUGUCAAGAUACAGAGAAGUUGCAGAAAUUGUUCUGCGAUAUCUGGAGCACCGGGAUCGGCUUGUUCGUCUCAGCAUAACUUCUUUGCUUCCUCGAAUUGCGCAUUUCCUUCGCGACCGUUUUGUGACAAACUAUCUGACGAUUUGCAUGAAGCAUAUACUUCAUGUUCUUAAAAUUCCUGCAGAAUCUGCUAGUGGGUUCAUUGCUCUUGGUGAAAUGGCUGGUGCAUUGGAUGGUGAACUUAUCGACUAUUUGCCGACAAUAACAUCGCACUUGCGUGAUGCGAUUGCACCUCGUAGAGGAAGACCCUCUCUUGAGGCUUUGGCUUGUGUUGGAAAUAUUGCAAAAGCGAUGGGACCCGCAAUGGAGCCUAAUGUUCGUAGUCUCUUGGAUGCUAUGUUUUCUGUUGGAUUAUCCUUCACCUUGGUCGAAGCCCUCGAACAAAUAACUGUCAGCAUCCCAUCUUUGCUUCCUACCAUUCAAGAACGGUUGCUUGAAUGCAUUUCAGUAGCUCUUUCGAGACACCAUCAUGUUCAGUCAAGGUCGUCUGUUGGUAUUACUCGGGCUAAUAGCAUAACUGCUAGUGCACAAGUAUUGGAACUUGGUGGUUCUCCUCCAGUUCAACUUGCUUUACAAACUCUUGCCAGAUUCAAUUUCAAGGGUCAUGAUCUUCUCGAGUUUGCAAGGGAGUCUGUUGUUGUAUAUUUGGAAGAUGAGGAUGGAGCCACACGCAAAGAUGCUGCUUUGUGUUGCUGCAAAUUAGUGGCAAAUUCAUUAUCAGGUUCCUCUUGUGCACCGUUUAGUUCCAGCAGGACUAGUCGUGCUGGUGGAAGGCGUCGCCGUCUUGUUGAGGAGAUAGUGGAAAAACUUCUUAUUGCAGCUGUGGCUGAUGCUGAUGUUACUGUUCGAAAAUCCAUAUUUUCCUCUUUGCAUGAGAAUGGAGGAUUUGAUGAUUUUCUGGCACAGGCUGAUAGUUUGACUGCUAUUUUUGCUGCCUUGAAUGAUGAGGAUUUUGAAGUUCGGGAGUUAGCGAUUUCUGUUGCUGGAAGACUAUCUGAAAAAAAUCCAGCAUAUGUUCUUCCAGCACUCCGACGCCAUCUGAUUCAGUUGUUAACUUAUCUAAAACAAAGUGCAGAUAGCAAAUGUAGAGAAGAAAGUGCAAAAUUAUUGGGUUGCUUAAUUCGUAACUGCGAGAGACUAAUACUCCCAUACAUUGCUCCAGUACACAAGGCCCUUACUGCAAAACUCUCUGAGGGAACUGGGGUCAAUGUUAAUAAUGGCCUUAUAAGUGGAGUUCUUGUAACUGUUGGGGAUCUUGCUAGAGUGGGUGGCUUUGCCAUGCGGCAGUACAUUCCAGAACUUAUGCCAAUGAUUAUUGAAGCGUUAUUGGACGGAGCUGCUGCUGCAAAACGUGAAGUGGCUGUUACCACUCUAGGUCAAGUGGUUCAAAGCACAGGGUAUGUUAUAACUCCAUAUAAUGAGUACCCACAGUUACUUGGUUUACUUCUCAAACUGCUUAAUAGUGAGCUAGCAUGGUCCACAAGACGAGAAGUUUUGAAGGUUCUUGGUAUAAUGGGUGCUUUAGAACCCCACAUGCAAAAGCGCAAUCUACUAAGCUUGUCAGGGUCCCAUGGCGAAGUUGGCCGUGCAGCCAGUGACCCUGGUCAACAUAUUCGGUCAAUGGAUGAAUUACCAAUGGAUCUUUGGCCAUCGUUUGCAAUGUCAGAAGAUUAUUAUUCCACAGUUGCAAUAAGUUCUCUCAUGCGGAUUCUUAGAGAUCCUUCUCUGUGUAGUUACCACCAAAAGGUGGUUGGAUCUCUCAUGUUCAUUUUCAAGUCAAUGGGUCUUGGCUGCGUUCCUUACUUGCCCAAGGUUCUGCCUGAUCUCUUCCAUACGGUUCGUACAUGUGAUGAUGGUCUUAAGGAGUACAUUAUAUGGAAGCUUGGAACUUUGGUUUCUAUUGUGCGCCAGCAUAUCCGUAAAUAUCUGCCAGAGUUGUUCUCUUUGAUAGCUGAAUUAUGGUCAUCCUUCAGUCCACCUGCUGCUAACCGACCUGCCCAUGGAUCUCCGAUGCUGCAUCUGCUUGAACAACUUUGCUUGGCACUCAAUGAUGAAUUUAGAACUCAUCUCCCUAUUAUUCUUCCAUCCUGCAUUCAAGUCCUCAAUGACGCCGAGCGGUUUAAUGACUACACUCAUGUCAUUGACAUUCUCCACACUCUUGAAGUUUUUGGUGGGACAUUGGAUGAGCAUAUGCAUCUACUUCUUCCUGCAUUUAUUAGAUUGUUUAAAGUGGAUGCUUCGGUAGAUGUGCGGCGUGCUGCUAUUAGGACCCUGACAAGAUUAAUUCCUCGUGUGCAGGGUGGCUUUGCCAUGAGGCAGUACAUUCCAGAACUUAUGCCAAUGAUUGUUGAAGCCUUAUUGGAUGGAGCUGCUGCUGCAAAACGUGAAGUGGCUGUUACGACUCUAGGUCAAGUGGUACAAAGUACAGGGUAUGUUAUAACUCCAUAUAAUGAGUACCCACAGUUACUCGGGGUACUUUUAAAACUGCUUAACAGUGAGCUAGCAUGGUCUACCAGACGGGAAGUUUUGAAGGUUCUUGGGAUAAUGGGUGCUUUAGACCCCCACAUGCAAAAGCGCAAUCUACUAAGCUUGCCAGGGUCCCAUGGUGAAGUUGGCCGUGCAGCCAGUGAUCCUGGUCAACAUAUUAUGUCAAUGGAUGAACUACCGAUGGAUCUUUGGCCAUCUUUUGCAACAUCAGAAGAUUAUUAUUCCACAGUUGCUAUAAGUUCUCUCAUGCGGAUUCUUAGAGAUCCUUCACUGUCUAGUUACCACCAAAAGGUGGUUGGAUCUCUCAUGUUCAUUUUCAAGUGUUAUAUAUUCUUUAUGAUUGUUUAUGCUAUCGUGCAUAGAUUUAACAUUGUUUUAUUUCUUCUGCGAGAUAAGUCAAUGGGUCUUGGCUGUGUCCCUUACUUGCCCAAGGUUCUACCUGAUCUCUUUCAUACGGUUCGUACGUGUGAUGAUGGUCUUAAGGAGUACAUUACAUGGAAGCUUGGAACUUUGGUUUCUAUUGUGCGCCAGCAUAUCCGUAAAUAUCUGCCCGAGUUGUUCUCUUUGAUAGCAGAAUUAUGGUCAUCCUUCAGUCCACCUACUACUAACCGACCUGCCCAUGGAUCUCCGAUUCUACAUCUGCUUGAGCAACUUUGCUUGGCACUCAAUGAUGAAUUUAGGACUCAUCUUCCUAUUAUCCUUCCAUCCUGCUUUCAAGUCCUCAAUGAUGCUGAGCGGUUUAAUGACUACACUUAUGUCAUCGACAUUCUCCACACGCUUGAAGUUUUUGGUGGGACAUUGGAUGAGCAUAUGCAUCUACUUCUUCCUGCACUUAUUCGAUUGUUUAAAGUGGAUGCUUCAGUAGAUGUGCAACGUGCUGCUAUUAAAACCCUGACAAGAUUAAUUCCUCUCGUGCAGGUUACAGGUCACAUAUCAGCUUUGGUGCAUCACUUGAAACUAGUAUUGGAUGGAAAAAAUAAUGGGCUUAGAACGGAUGCUGUUGAUGCAUUAUGCUGUUUAGCUCAUGCUCUUGGGGAGGACUUCACUAUUUUCAUCCCAUCCAUCCAUAAGCUUUUGCUGAAGCAUCAUUUACGACACAAGGAAUUUGAAGAAAUUCAAGGUCGCUUGAAAAAACGGAUGCCACUGAUCUCGGGGAGUACAUCUGCUCAAAGACUAAGUCGUAGGCUUCCUGUUGAGGUUAUUAGUGACCCUUUAAGUGAUACAGAGAAUGAUCACCGUGAAGGGGGUACUGACAUGCAGAAACAACAUAAAACUCAUCAGGUUAAUGAUGUUCGAUUGCGGACUGCUGGGGAGGCUUCUCAGCGAAGCACCAAAGAGGAUUGGGCAGAGUGGAUGAGGCAUUUUAGCAUUGAGCUUCUGAAGGAAUCACCUUCACCAGCUUUAAGAACUUGUGCCAAACUUGCACAACUGCAGCCGUUUGUUGGGAGGGAAUUGUUUGCAGCCGGUUUUGUUAGCUGCUGGUCACACCUGCACGAGUCUAGUCAGCGACAGGUAGUACGGAGUUUGGAAAUGGCAUUUUCCUCUCCAAACAUACCUCCAGAAAUACUUGCGACACUUCUGAACUUGGCUGAGUUUAUGGAACAUGAUGAAAGACCCCUUCCUAUAGAUAUCCGUCUACUUGGUGCUCUUGCAGAAAAGUGUCGUGCAUUUGCAAAGGCUCUGCACUACAAAGAGAUGGAAUUUGAAGGUGCACGCUCAAAUAGGAUGGAAGCAAACCCUGUUGCUGUUGUUGAAGCACUUAUCCAUAUAAAUAAUCAAUUACAUCAGCAUGAGGCUGCAGUUGGGAUAUUGACCUAUGCUCAACAACAUUUGGGAGUUCAACUGAAGGAGUCAUGGUAUGAAAAACUUCAGCGGUGGGAUGAUGCUCUCAAAGCUUACACUGCCAAAGCCUCUCAAGCCGCGACUCCACAUCUUGCUUUAGAUGCUACUCUAGGGCGGAUGAGAUGCCUCGCAGCUCUUGCUCGGUGGGAAGAGCUUAAUAAUCUGUGCAAAGAAUAUUGGACACCUGCUGAGCCAGCUGCUCGACUGGAAAUGGCACCAAUGGCUGCUCGUGCUGCCUGGAACAUGGGUGAGUGGGAUCAGAUGUCAGAAUAUGUUUCUCGACUAGAUGAUGGAGAUGAAACCAAGCUUCGAGUUUUGGGAAAUACUGCUGCUACUGGUGAUGGGAGUAGCAAUGGGACAUUUUUCAGGGCUGUUUUAUUAGUUCGUCGUGGAAAGUAUGAUGAAGCCCGCGACUAUGUUGAGAGAGCAAGGAAGUGUUUGGCCACGGAGCUGGCUGCAUUGGUUCUUGAAAGUUAUGACCGUGCAUACACCAAUAUGGUUCGCGUUCAGCAACUAUCUGAAUUGGAGGAGGUCAUCGAUUACCGUACUCUUCCUGAGGGAAACACUAUUGCUGAGGGCCGGAAGGCUCUUAUUCGAAACAUGUGGAAUGAACGAAUAAAAGGAACGAAGCGGAAUGUUGAGGUAUGGCAAGCACUUUUGGCAGUCAGGUCUCUUGUUCUACCACCCACAGAGGAUGCGGAGACAUGGAUCAAGUUUGCCUCUCUGUGCCGUAAAAGUGGCAGACUUAGUCAAGCUAGAUCAACUUUAAUUAAGCUUUUACAGUUUGAUCCUGAAACAACUUCUGAAGCUGUGCGGUAUCAUGGGGAUCCUCAAGUAAUUCUAGCUUAUUUGAAAUACCAGUGGUCACUUGGCGAGGAUCAUAGGCGUAAAGAAUCCUUCACUCGAUUGCAGGAUUUGGCCAUAGACCUCUCCAGAACUCCAGUUCUUCAACAAGCUUCACAGUCUAGCUUAUUGGGUAGUUCAAAUGUACCUCUCCUUGCCCGUGUGUAUCUUAAACUAGGAAAUUGGCAGUGGGCACUUUCUCCGGGUUUGAACGACGAUUCUAUUAAAGAAAUUCUUAAUGCGUUCGGAAGUGCUACUCAUUGUGCAACCAAGUGGGCAAAAGCUUGGCAUACAUGGGCCCUAUUCAAUACAGCAGUAAUGUCUCAUUACACACUGAGAGGUUUACCCAAUGUUGCUGGACAGUUUGUUGUUGCGGCAGUAACUGGAUAUUUUCACUCCAUAGCUUGUGCUGCACAUGCCAAAGGAGUGGAUGAUAGUUUGCAGGAUAUUUUACGUCUCCUCACUUUGUGGUUCAACCACGGAGAUACUUCAGAGGUCCAAACGGCGUUGCAGAAAGGAUUUUCACUUGUUAAUAUCAACACGUGGUUGGUUGUUUUACCUCAGAUUAUUGCGAGGAUACAUUCCAAUAACCAUGCUGUCAGGGAAUUAAUACAAUCGCUGUUGGUACGGAUUGGCCAAAGUCAUCCGCAGGCUCUUAUGUACCCUCUCCUUGUGGCAUGCAAAUCUAUUAGCAAUUUACGCAAAGCUGCAGCUCAGGAAGUGGUUGAUAAAGUUAAACGGCAUAGUGGUGUACUGGUGGAUCAGGCUCAACUCGUGUCUGAGGAGUUGAUAAGAGUUGCAAUUCUUUGGCAUGAGACGUGGCACGAAGCAUUGGAAGAGGCGAGCCGCUUAUACUUCGGGGAACAUAACAUUGAGGGAAUGCUUAAGGUAUUGGAGCCAUUGCAUGAAAUGCUCGAGAAAGGAGCUAUGAGCAACAAUACUACCAUAAAAGAGAAAGCCUUCAUUCAGGCUUACCGCCAUGAAUUAUUGGAGGCCUAUGAAUGCUGCAUGAAAUACCGAAGAACUGGAAAAGAUGCAGAAAUUAAUCAGGCUUGGGAUCUCUAUUACCAUGUAUUCAGGCGGAUUGAUAAGCAGCUUCAAACUCUCACCACCCUGGAUUUGCAGUCUGUUUCCCCAGAACUUCUGGAGUGCCGGGAUUUGGAACUGGCCGUUCCUGGAACCUAUAUAGCAGAUUCACCAGAGGUAAAAAUUGCAUCAUUUGCACCCCAGCUUUCUGUCAUCACAUCGAAACAACGACCUCGUAAGUUGUCAAUUCUUGGGAGUGAUGGAGAAGAGUAUACCUUCUUGCUGAAGGGGCAUGAAGAUUUACGACAAGAUGAACGUGUCAUGCAGCUGUUUGGUUUAGUUAAUACUCUGCUGGAAAACUCUCGGAAAACUUCAGAAAAAGAUCUUUCUAUUCAAAGAUAUUCCGUCAUUCCACUAUCUCCGAACAGUGGACUGAUAGAAUGGGUUCCAAAUUGUGACACCUUGCACCAUCUCAUCAGAGAGUACAGGGAUGCUAGAAAGAUCACUCUAAACCAAGAGCAUAAGCUAAUGCUUAGUUUUGCUCCGGAUUAUGAUCAUUUGCCUCUUAUAGCAAAGGUGGAAGUGUUUGAGUAUGCUCUACAAAAUACAGAAGGCAAUGACCUGUCUAGGGUUCUCUGGUUAAAAAGUCGUACUUCAGAGGUUUGGCUAGACAGGAGGACAAACUACACAAGAAGUUUGGCCGUCAUGAGUAUGGUUGGUUACUUGCUUGGUUUGGGUGAUCGACAUCCAAGUAACCUCAUGCUUCAUCGUUCCAGUGGAAAGAUUUUGCAUAUUGACUUUGGAGAUUGCUUUGAAGCAUCAAUGAACAGGGAGAAAUUCCCUGAAAAGGUCCCCUUUCGGCUUACUAGAAUGCUUGUUAAAGCUAUGGAGGUCAGUGGUAUUGAAGGAAAUUUUCGCUCGACUUGUGAAAAUGUCAUGCAUGUUCUGCGUGCAAAUAAAGACAGUGUUAUGGCUAUGAUGGAGGCGUUUGUGCAUGAUCCCCUAAUAAAUUGGCGUCUUUUCAACUUCAAUGAAGUCCCUCAAAUGUCUACUCUUGCAAGCACGCAUGUGCCAGCCGUUGUGAAUGGUGAGGAAUCAGCCCCAAAUGGAAAACUGCUUCAACCACAACGAGGUGCACGGGAAAGAGAGCUCCUUCAGGCUGUGAAUCAACUAGGCGAUGCUAAUGAGGUUUUGAAUGAACGAGCUGUGGUGGUUAUGGCACGGAUGAGCAACAAACUCACUGGUCGUGAUUUCUCUCCAUGUUCUUCGUUGCCAUCUACUGCCAUUCAACAUUCGCUUGACCAUAGCACCCUUAUUUCUGGUGAUACUCGUGAAGCUGACCAUGGUUUAUCCGUCAAAUUACAAGUGCAGAAGCUUAUUCUUCAAGCAAAAUCACAUGAAAAUUUGUGCCAAAAUUAUGUUGGAUGGUGUCCUUUCUGGUAA